ACGCAGAGUCGAGGCGGAGCAACGUGGAGGACGGGCCUUUCCCCCCCCCGCCCCUCUAAAGCAGGGAACGGUUUCAGGAGGACACGCCGGAAGCCGCGCCAGGCCUCGGCCGGCCUGGACGUAGAAGCAACGUUGCUGGAGGAGUGGAUGCGGGUUUUCAGCGGUGGGUGCUGAGCACUGGCGCCGCUUUUGCCGUCCUCCAGCCCUGAUGGGGGGUUGAAGGUCUUUUCAAAACAAAGUUUAAUGAGGGAUAUAUUAUUUUUGCUGUGCAUCUGGAAGCAGUUACAUCACAGAAACACAUAAGUUACAACACAGCUGUAUGAAAAAUAUCCUUAAGACUCUUGAAAAUGUUACAACUGAUAAUUUAGCCAGUGCCUCAGAAUGAUGGAUUGCCAGAAGAGUGAACAUGGUUUGCAACACACUGAUAUAGGGGCAUCUGCAUUCCACAUGGUGGGAUAUUUGGGAAAAGACCAUAAUUCUGUUCAAGUAAUUUCAGAUGGAUGCUGCCUGGCUUGCAAAAAGAAGGGUCUGAUACAGCGUUUAAGAACAUAUCGCAUCAGUUUUGAAGAAUCUAUUUUCCUAUGUGAAAAUCCAGAGUGCAUCUACCCUUUGGGAUCUGAACCUUUAAGCAACAUUGUUAUUCCCAUUGAUGCAAAAGGUUAUUUAUGUGAAGAAACUUGCAGAAAAAGAAAGCUCUUUGACACAAGACUUGUGACCUCUGUCAUUGAGCCAGCCUCAAAACUGACUAGAACUAAUAAUGCUGAGCAGACAUUCAGACCUGAUCUUCCUCCCAAGUGUAGAAAUAAUUCAUCUGAGACUCGGUCAGGGCAACCUGAUUUUUCACAAGCCGGUCAGCCAAGUCUUUGCAGUGCAGCUGAAUCCACGGAACAACAAAUGGGCAUAGAAGCGGCAACUGAAAAAAAUGUACCGGUGUUGUCCAGGGUGCAGAUACAGCAUUUUUCAAAUUAUGAGAGUGGUUCAUCAGUGUCUCAGAUUCUGCCUCAAGACAAACUAUCUGUGCCAGAGACAUUGUGGUUGCAGUGGAGAAAUGUGCAUGCUCUUUGCUGGUUAGAUUGUGUUCUGUCAGCCAUUGUGCAUUUAGAAACACCAAGAACAGUUUGCAUUGGAUCAGUCUCAGAAAACAUAUCUGUAAUCCAGAAACUGUUUGCAAAAUAUAACCAAGUGACUGUACUUGUGAAUAAUUGCCAAAGGGGUAAGAAUAUUUUAGAGAUCCCAUCAGAUGUUCUGUCAAGAGCUGAAUCAUACUUGAAUGAAAUCAGGAAUAUAAUUUUUGUCCAACUUCAGGCCCAGCUGAAAUGUAAACUGGGUGAGGAGGAAAGCCCAGUAUUUGCUUUUCCUCUGCUUCUACAAAAGGAUGCACACAUUGAGGAGCUCUUUCUCCAUUCAUUUUCUUGGAAACUUGAAUGUUCACAGUGUGGCCACCAAGUUACUGACAGGUGUCAGAAGACAUUGACAACAUUUACAAAUAUAAUCCCAGAAUGGCACCCACUGAAUGCUGUUCAUAUCGCCCCCUGUAAUAACUGCAAUCAUACAUCUCAAAGAAGGAAAAUGGUUCUAGAAAAUGUUUCCUCAGUGCUUAUGAUACACUUCGUUGAAGGUUUGCGACACAAUGACUUGGCAGCUUACUCGUUUCGGUUUCGAGGAUAUUCUUACCAAAUAAAAGCAGUUGUUCAGUAUCAGGAAUCAGAAAAACACUUCAUCACAUGGGUCCUGAAUUCAGGUGAAACUUGGCUUGAGUGUGAUGACUUAAAGGGCUCCUACUGUAAAAGGCACAAGAGCUUUGGAGUUUCUCCUGCAGAAAUUCACAUUGUCAUCUGGGAAAGAAAACCACCACAGGUGACCAACAAUAAGGAUUUGCAAUUACAAAAUGAAAGAGCAGUGAACGUUCCUAGUCCAAAAACACCACCAAAGUCUCCAGUGAAAUACUUUAAUGACAAGUCUGUAGAGAAUACAUCUUUAAAUUGCCACAGUGAUACGUCAAAUGUACAUCCAAACGAGGCAGAAAGUUUAGUUAACAAUAAUAGAAGUAAUUUGCUUUGGGGAUUGGAAAACCUAGCCAGUGAUGAUAUUGUAAACCCAAAUCUUGUUAGUAUUCCACUUGACUCAGAAGGUAAGCCACUAGAAGACAGCCAUAUAGUGCAAAGUAACAUGACAGCUAAAAUAGGCACACUACAACUACAAGGUUUGGCUCAGAUUAGCGUGCUUCCAUGUAGUCCUGAAGGAGACAUUCCUGGAAAUGAGUGCACAUUACUAGAACACAGCAAUGCUCCCUUGUAUCAAGGUCAGCCAGCCCAUACAAAUAGCACAUCUGUUAUGCCAACAGUUCCUAUAAGCAGUAGCAGUUACUCACCAGCAACAUUAUCAGUCCAUAAAGCACAACUUGAAGUUAACCGGCUUCAGAGUAAAGAUAGCAGCUUGAACUUGGUUAAUGCCCAAAAGAAACCUUCUAAAGCAAAAUCAGGAAAUACUAUGCAGAAGAUACCUAACAUUGUACAGCACGUAAAAGAAACACCAUCAGAUUCUCGGGCUUCUGAUCUAGGUAGUUCCUCUCCAUUUGGCCGUAAGAAAGGAGCAAAAUUGUCUACAGCUAGUUGGCUUAAGGGCUUACUCGGAAAACAUCCUCCUUUCCUGCCUAAAAGUGUCUCAGCUUGUAAUGAAGUAGAAAGUUCUGAAAAGACCAUUCAGAAAGAAGAUAUCUCCACUCCACUUCCUAGACAUGCCAGUCAGUUCAGUAGUUUUCAAGCUAAAUGGUCAAGGACUAUAACCAAGAAAGUUACAACAUUAGAUUCUUCCCGUAAGACUCCUACCACUUCUCCUUUUGCAAACUUCCUGAUUGAAAACCAUGCCAUUGAUGGAAAUGAAGGAACUGUAACUAAGAGAGCAGACUCGUUGGUUUCUUCUAGUAAACAAAUUCAGUCCUCCAAAAUUGAAAGUAAAAACUCUACAUCUUUUGACCAUGGCGAGACAGCAGUUGAUAAAGCACAUCAGCUGCGUCUAAAACUCCUUCAAGAUCUUAAGGCUAAAAAGGAGAAACUAGCUUCACUAGAUAAGUUGGCCAAGGCUCAAGUGAAAAAGAGAAGUUCUUCCAAGAGAACUAAGAAGAACCAGUCAUGUACUGAAACCCAGAAAGAAAGUGAAUUCCUACAGAGUUUGUUAAACGCACUGGACCACCAGAUUGAUGUUGAAUAUAGUAAAUCUGUGAAUUCUCCUCUCACCAAUAUGUCUCAGUGCAGCAAUUCAACUUAUGAUGAUAUUUUGUCAGAGCUACUGUCACCUGCUCCAACUGUUGCUUCCUUGGAACUUCCACAAGAAGAAGAGUGUAGAUACUUGGAAAUGGGAGAUGGAACUCCAACAUCUCCAGUGCUUAAUGAGAAACCUGAUGUUGCUCAUGACCAUAACUAUACCUCACCAGUAAAGGAAAAUGGAUGUGAGGGUCAUUCAGACCUUUUAACAGUCAAAUCAACCCUGAAGAAACUUGAUUUUGAAAGUUCUGCAAAGCAAGACAUCCUAGAUGACCUGUUACCUCAUUCAGUAUUGAAUUCUGUAAGGGCUGACACUGAUGACAUGCAUCAUUUUGAUGAAUCUUGGUUAACUUGGUGAAUUGUGUUUUAACAAUUUCACUCUUUUUCUAUUAGGUGGUGUUAAACUGAAGCAUAACUUGGGUUUCAGGAUAUUUUGCACAUGGUUCUACUUUGAAUAUUUAAAAUGUGAUACUGUUUUUAUGAGUUGUUCUUUAUUGUUUACUGCACUUGAGCUUGUUUUGCUCUUUUAAAACAGUUACUAACUGGAAGAGAGGAGAAGCUGUGUUUUUUAUGAAAUAGAGCUAAUUAAUUUAUGAAAUAGAGCUAAUUAAGUUUGGUGUUCUGGAAUUAAAUGAAAAUCUUCAGAAAUAAAAAGCACCUAUGACUAUA